AUGUGGCACACCAGUCUAGGGGUACAGCUGGACGAUUCUUCUUCGGUGCGCGAGGAGGCAUACCGAAGUAUCGUGGACUUACAGUGGGCAUUACUAGCUUCCCAAGACGACGCAACCCAAACGCAGCAGUCGUCGUCACUCGCCGGACAAACCAACGAAGACGAGGGAGCUGUACGGGAAGGUGCAGCAGAUUCGGACGGGAACGAAAGGCGGGGCUUGAACGUUGACGAAGCACCGACAAGUCAGACACGUAUGCAUCGCACUUGGAAUACUCUGAUUGAGUCUCACGGCUUGACAGACUUAGGAAGCUUAUGGGAACAAACCGUCGACCAAAGCAGCAAGGACGGAGCUUGCGACUUUCGUCGUCUUGGUGCAUCGUCGGCCCCAGAGGAGAGCUCUAAAGCAGGGUCCAACACCAAAGACUCCAAAGAAGGUGCCGGUCCGCACGGAACAACACGACAGGACAGGAGGCCAAGCCCGUCACAUAAAGGCCCCGUCGGCAAGAAGAGAAGGGAAGGGGGAGCCAACGACAGAGUAGUCCUGCGAGGCGCGGAUUCACUCGGGAACACGCCUGAGGACAACGCCCACUGCUUGCUGACCGUCCUAGCGUACCUCGUGACGCGACCCGAGGUGUCCUACGUGGAUGACCUACCGCAGGUGUUCGAGCUUAACGUGGAGGCCGCCUGGAUUACGCAGAGCGGAGAAGAGACUGCGUACUCGAUGUGGAACGAGGGAAUCGAUGGAAGUACCGAGAUAAUUGCUAUGGCGGACUCGGGCCUAGACGUCAACUCGUGCUUCUUUACUGAGGACCUCACCGACGACAACAUCGACUGUUCCUCCUGGUCGAACCCCGUCUUCGACCUCACGAAACGCAAGAUAGUGCAGUACGUCGGGUUCGUUGACUGCGUCGACACCGAGAACGGUCACGGCACCCACGUGGCCGGGAGCGCUGCGGGGGGGUUGAGCAACUCGUCCCCUGGCGAACACUUCGGUGACGGGGCUGGCUUCGGCGCGAAGCUGGCGGUUUUCGACUUCGGGAACUCGGAGGGGGGAUUGGUUACUCCGAGCAGCCUCAAGUCCCAGAUGCUACAACCACCUUACGACAUCGGUGCUCGGAUCAGCACCAACAGCUGGGGGGCCGUUCGGACGACCUACACGUCGCUGGACAGGCAGGUGGACGACUUUGCGUACCUGAACCAGGACAUGGUGAUCGUCAUCGCGGCAGGGAACUGCGGGGACGAAAUCUCCGGCUGCCAGUAUCAGAACGCCGACAUCUACGGGUCUGGGUCAAUCCUCUCCCCGGCUCUCGGGAAAAACAUCAUCUCGGUGGGCGCUAGCGAAGCGAGCCCUAGCACAGCCGGCCUGGCCGACAACGUGGAUGAGGUGGCAUACUUCUCGUCACAAGGACCAACGGUCGACGACAACCGGAUCAAGCCCGACGUUGUCGCUCCCGGGUACCACCUCUUCUCCGCAUCGGCCAAACCUGACCAAGAGUCGAGUUGCGAGAUCGGACCCAUGGCGGGAACGAGCAUGGCGACGCCCGUGGUGGCCGGAGCUGCGGCCAUGAUACGGCAGUACUUCGUUCAGGGCUGGUACCCCAGUGGCAUCGCUACGCCUUCGAACAUCUUCAACCCUUCCAACGCGCUGGUAAAGGCCAUGAUUGUCACCUCCGGGACGGCGAUGGCUUCAUACGACAGCUCGGCGGGGUCAACUACCCUGGGAAGCCCACCAGACGCCAUCCAGGGCUUCGGCCGCGUGCUCCUAGACUCUGUUCUGAACGUGCGGGGCUCCGUGGACCUGUUUGUGGAAGACCGGGUGGACAUGACCCACGGGGAUGUCAACAGUCACUUCAUCGAGAUGGACGGGGUUUCCAGUUCGGCAUUCGACGGCGAUAUGAAGGUUACGAUGGUGUGGAUGGAGCCCGCGGGAUUUUCCGGGUCUGUGGCCCCCGUUUUCAAUGACCUCGAUCUCAAGGUGGUCGCUUACGAUGGCACCUCGGAGAGUACGUUCUACCCCAACAACCUGGCGGCCAAGGACCCCGACAAUACGGUGGAGAUGGUCGUCAUCCCAGACGUCGACUCCUACGAGUGGUUCAAUGUGACGGUCACCGCAGCGAGCGUGACGACGACCAGCCUUCCGUACUACGCCCUCGUAGUGACCGGCGGAGUUGCUGGGACCUACUCUCCCACGGCUUCCACCGCAAGAUCUUGGUUUGUUCGGUGGGAGAUGGACAUUGACGGGAUACCGGUGGCCCAGGUAGCAACCGAGGCCUUCGAAGCCGGCCUAGCGGAGGCCAUAUCUGCCGAGACCGGCGACUACACCGAUGAGACCUCCUCCGUGGUGGUCAAAAUCGACCAUUCGACGGCAUCCGCGAGCGACGACCGCAGCACGGUAACCGUCGAGAUCGUCGUAGCCUCCGAAGCGGACGGCUACGCCGUACUCACGUACAUCAUCUCCUUCGUGGAAGGCACCAGCUCCUCGGUGGCGGAGGGCAACCAAGGCCUGGUGGCGGCCCUGAACGAAGCCCUCGAGAGCCGCACCACGGAGGGCUGCGCCUGCGUGGAGGUGCAAGCGAUCGACGGGGGGGGCUACGACUGCUCGGCCUGCGAAGAAGGCGCAGUCUUCUCGACCGCGUCGUCCAUCACGACGAUGUCGCCGGGCGGGUACGAUCUUCUCUCCGUGGAUCGAUCCUCGGGCCGGUACCCGGUGUCCGUGUUCGCCUCCGCCAGCGACAACUCCGACGCGGACGACGACGGCAUGUUCUGGAGCGACCUCUCGGGGGGGAAGACGAUCAGGGGCAUCAUCCGGUCCGACAGCUACGUGCACAUGGCCGGGGUCGUCGCCGCCAUCGUGCUCUUCACCUCCCUCGGACUGUUCGCCCUGCGCCGGGGUCGUCUGGACGCCGAGGGCAGGCGUUUGAGCUCGACGAGCGGUAGCGGGGGCGACGGGGGUGUCUCUCCUCAACGGGGGAAGGCGAGGCUGUCGGAUACCGGCACGACGCAGAGUGUCGCCGAUAAGAAGGCUUCUGGGAGCAAGCGCCGUGAUGAUAGCCGUGAGAUCUUUACGCCUCAGGCCACGCCGGCGCCAUAG